AUGAAUACGCAAUCUUUUGUAGAAAAUGAUGAUACUGACUGUCCACAAAACUUCCAAGACUAUUUAACAGGGUUUUUCGAAAUGAGAAAACUUAGGUUACUAAAUGCAGAGCUGAACAACCCAACAUCAAACCAGAAACAAAAUAAAACUAAGCUACUUCCUACAAAGAAAGAUUACGUUUACCAAAAAAUAAUGCCUGGAUAUCAUGUUGGAAUUGAUAAUAUACCAAAGCAGUUGGAAAGAAUUACAAGAAAUAAAGGAACAAAUUUCAAUCUUUUGGUGGCAGGCCAAUCAGGAACUGGGAAAACAACUUUAGUAAACACAUUAUUUGGUCAGACAAUUAUAAAUAAUCAAGAAAAUGAAUCAUUGACGUCUUGUUGCGGUAUCAGUAAAAAAAAGAUGAUUAUUGAAGCAGACGAUACACAAUUGAACUUAACUAUUAUCGAAACACCAUCUUAUGGUAAUAAAACAAAUAAUUCCAUGUCUUGGAUACCUUUAGUUAAUUAUGUUGAUGAACAAAUCAGAUCGUAUAUUUUUCAAGAAGAGCAGCCAUAUAGGGAACAUUUGCAAGAUAAUAGGAUUCAUUGUUGUUUGUACCUUUUAGAGCCAAAUCUUAGAAAAUUAAACAAACUAGACUUAAUAACAAUGAAAGAAUUAUCCAAAAGGGUCAACCUUAUUCCAGUUAUUAAUAAAGUUGAUAUUUUGAAUCCCAACAUGUUAAAGGACUUGAAAAUUCAAGUCAAAUAUACUUUAGAUAACCGCGGCGUUUCCAUUUGUCAAUUCUUAACAGAAUUUAAUAACGAGAAUGGAGUUGAAUUUGAUGAUAUAAGAACACAAUAUCCAUUUGGUGUAAUAUCCUCGGACAAACAAAUUUUAAAUAACUCGGGUAAAUUAGUUUUAGGAAGGAAGUAUAAAUGGGGGAUCAUUGAAGUUGACAACUCAGAGUUUUCAGAUUUUCUUAAAUUGAAACAAUUUCUUAUUAAUGAUUAUAUGGUUGAUUUAGUAAAAUCCACAGAAAGUUAUUAUGAAUCAUGCCGUUCUGAGUUGUUGCAAACAAGAAUUUUGAAAGCAAGAGAUUAUUCCAAUUAUAAUGCAGAAGAGUACGAUAAACAAGCAAGCUCCCCAUUGACUCCCAUAUCCAUUCCACCAGAUAGCCUAGAAGAGUUGAAAGAACUUGAUUAUGAUGAUAUCGAAAAUAAUAAACUAAAAAAUUAUAAGUGUUAUGAAAUUUUUAACAAAAAGUUGAUGGAUAAAAUAUACAUUGAUUGGAGUCCGGAAUUUAUGGAGAGACAAUUUUUAUUUAAGAAAAAGUUUAAUGAAAUUAUUAACCUUGAAGAAAAGAAAUUCUUUAAGUGGGCACAGGCUUUAAAGAAAAAGCAGACUGUUUUGAAUAAGGAAAUAACAACAAUGGCGAAGCAAGUUGAAUUUCUUGAAGGAGAAUGUCGUAAUUUAGAGCGCAUGGUUUUGGUAGACAAGAAAGGUGGGUUCUAUUCCAACAACAGUUCAACAACCCUGGUUGGAUUCCACUUCAAAAGAUGA